UGGCGUGGUAAUGUGGGCGGCUCAAAUUGACGUAGAGAUGUAGUUUCCAGGCUGACUUGCAGCCGGGAGUUCCGCCUUAGACACAUUUGGCUGUGACAACGUGGUGGUCUUCUAUAGUGUAAUUUAAGCUUCUCGCUGUUUCAUAUCUCGCGGGAGCAGGCAUUGUCCUUCUAACUAUUUCGGACUGUUCACUCCGGUAAUGGAAGCGGAGAAGAUGGACGAAAAUGAAUGGGACUACCACGGAGAGGGAAACAAAAGCAUGAUUAUUGCUCAUAGUCAGAUGGUACAAAACACCAGAAAAACUCAAAAAAAAUCUUCCCUGACACCACAGAUCGGUGCUGGAGAUGCCAGAAAGAGAAAGAGGUGUAUUGUCCUAAGAUUCCUGAAGUUUCUACCACACAGAAAUCUGACAGCAGAGGAAGUCUAUCAGCAUUUGCACAACAUCCUAGAUUUUGGGAAGCAUGUCAUGAAGCAGUUUCUAGGAGAAAACUAUGUUCACCAUGGAGAAGUGGUUAAAUUACCUUUAGAUUUUCUGAAACACCUGUGUUUAAAAGUCCAGUCAGAGAGACCAGAAUUCCGGUGUGAAAAAGAGAUGGAUAUUAGUGGUUAUGCCAUGUGUCUUCCUAACCUCACUCGACUGCAGACCUUCCCAUUUAUUGAGGAUAGACCCAUAUUCUGCAUAGAGAUUAAGCCGAAAUGUGGUUUUAUCCCAUCUUCUGCUUACACCACUAAGGAGAUUAAGAAGAAGAUGUGUCGAUUUUGUAUGCACCAACAUUUAAAGGUUUCCAAAGGAAAAUGGAAGAGGAUUAGCAAAUACUGUCCGCUGGAUCUCUUCUCAGGACAUAAGCAACGGAUGCAUUUUGCUUUAAUGAGUUUACUUCAGGACUCUCAAAACAACUUAAAAAUAUUUAAGAAUGGCACAUUAAUUUAUGGCUGUCGGGAUGACCAAGAAUAUCUCUCAGACCUAAAUGAACUUGCCCACCACCUGAAGCCAUUUUUCUUAACAGCGGAUGGACUGGUUGCUGGACCCCAGUGCACAAAAAACAUUCUGAAGGAACUUAUACAUGUACUGACAAGCACACUGCUGAGCACCAGUGCUGACUCUGUGAGAGCAGGGAAAAUCAAAUCUAUUCCAGUGUCCCAGGGUAGGAAUUACUGUGAGGCCAGCUGCUUCUGUAUGGAUUUCCUCAGAAAUGGUAAACACAAAGCAGAGACCACAGGAUUACCUAAAGGAUGUAUUUUAUACAAGACCCUCCAGACUCAGAUGCUGGACAUGUUGGACAUUGAAGGACUGUACCCCCUCUACAAAAGGGUAGAGAAAUACUUGGAAGAAUGUCCAGAGGAAAGAAGCACACUACUGUUGGAUGGACCUUAUGAUGAGGCGUUUUUUGAAAAGCUUAAGGAACUGUCUGUGGAAGACAAUGGCAGUAUAGAGUAUGCAGUUACUAAGAUUCAGCAGUACAGAGUGGCCAUGACAGCUAAGGACUGCUCCAUAAUGAUUGCCCUUUCUCCCACAAUACAGGAAGAACGGAAGGAAUGUCGUCUAUAAGAUCAGCUAAAAACACCCAGGUAUCUGCUGCAAAGUUGGAGCGAUCUAUACAACCUUCAUCAAACUCACCAGCUAAAGGUCAGUUACCUACAGCCACAGCUCAACUUAAGCCGCAGAUGGGGCCGCCACUUGACAGAAGGAGCCAUGGCCAAACAGCUGUAAAACCUACUAGCACUACCAGUACUACCAGUACAACAAGCUUCAAAAACGUGAGUACUAAAGGGUCGGGGGGUGAGGCAUCCGGGACUAUAAAUACACCGAUAACUACUGUAUCAUCAGGUGAAACGGACCCCCCCCCAUAGUUGACCCGACAACAGAAGGGGAACCCACUUUAAGAGAAGUACUUUCUGCAGUUAACUUAUGUAAGGACUAUAUGGUCAACUUUGACACCCAGUUAAAGUGCUUAAAGGAAGAAUUGUUAUCCAUGAGUCAGGAGCUACACAGGACUGUUGUAAGAACGAAUGCUCUAGAGGAGAGGUUAAGCGUGGUUGAAGACAUACUGGUUCCACUGCAGGGGGAACUCAAAGGGCUACAGGAGCUAACGGACCUCCAAGCGGCUAAGUUAGAUGCAAUGGAAAACAGACUUCGGAGAAAUAAUGUGAGAGUGGUAGGUCUCCCAGAGCAAUGUGAAGGCACAAAUCCCAUCACCUUUAUGGAGAACUGGUGUAGGGAAAUUUUUGGCUCCGAUAGUUUUUCACCCUUUUUUUCCAUAGAAAGGGCCCAUAGGGUCCCCUUUAAAAUACUCCAGCAAGGGAAGUAUCCAAGGCCUAUGCUACUAAAACUGCUUAAUUACACUGAUAAGAUGACCAUGCUGCAAAAAGCUAGAGAGCUGGGGGACAUUACAUAUAACGGAGCAAGAGUCUCAAUAUACCCCGAUUUCUCACCAGAUUUACAAAAACGAAGAGCUGAGUUCAUGCCAAUUAAC